AUGGCGAUGCUAAGAAAGGGUGAGUGGGUCUGGUUGGACUCUGAAAUUGGGAUCCCCAUUGGAGCCAGGGUCAAAAUAACCCCAUCUGGUCAACGCUUUUUGGUGGAUGACGAUGGACAAGAGCAGUGGCUUUUUCCAGAGCUGGAGAGCAGUGUCCGUGUCAUGCACCCAACGUCUGUGGAAGGAGUGGAGGACAUGAUUAAACUGGGGGACAUGACGGAGGCUGGACUUCUGCGAAACCUGCUGCUGCGGCACAAGCAAGGCCUCAUCUAUACUUACAUUGGGUCUGUGCUGGUUGCUGUAAACCCUUACCAGGAUUUCCCUCUGUAUACAACUGAACAGAUACAAUUAUAUCACGGCCAAAAACUUGGAGAACUCCCUCCUCACAUAUUUGCCAUCGCUGAGGCCUGUUAUUUCAACUUGAAACGCCACCUGAAGAGCCAGUGCUGCAUCAUCAGUGGAGAAUCUGGAGCAGGAAAGACAGAGAGCACAAAGCUGAUCCUCCGUUUUCUGGCUGCUAUAAGUGGGCAGCUGUCUGAACAGGAGCUUGAACAGCAAAUCUUGGAAUCAAACCCUAUUCUUGAAGCUUUUGGAAAUUCAAAAACGGUUCGCAACGACAACUCCAGUCGAUUUGGCAAAUACCUGGAAAUAUUCUUCAACAAGAGCGGUGUGAUCGAAGGCGCACGUGUGGAGCAAUAUCUCCUAGAGAAAUCCCGAGUUUGUCGUCAGGCUCUGGACGAACGUAACUACCACAUAUUUUACUGCUUGUUGGCUGGACUUUCUGAGGAAGAGAAAAAAGUAUACAGCCUUGGAAAUGCUGAGGAAUACACUUUUCUGACCAAGGGAGGUUGUAUCCAGUGUGACAGCAGAGAUGAUGCCAAAGACUUCCAUCGCAUCAGUGCAGCGAUGAAGAUUCUGUCCUUCUCUGAGAGUCAGUCCCAGGACGUGGUGAAGCUGCUUGCGGCCAUUUUACACCUGGGAAACGUGCGCUUUCAGGCCAACACACAAAACAACAUGGACACAUCUGCUGUCAGCAAGUCCAAACACUUCAGCAUCGCAGCCUCAUUGUUGCAGGUGCAGAAGUCCUCUCUAGCCCACAGUUUGACAGAGCGCUCCUUCAUGACGGCCAGAGAAAGGGUGACCAAGCCCCUGAGCUCUGAGCAGGCGUCCGACUGCAGAGACGCUGUAGUGAAGGCCAUCUACAACAAACUGUUCACAUGGAUCGUGAAUAAAAUAAACGCUGUGAUUUACAAGAAACUCCAGACAAACCAUAAGGUCAGCUUCCUGUCGGUGGGGCUGCUGGACAUUUUUGGCUUCGAGAACUUCAACACAAACAGUUUUGAACAGCUGUGCAUUAACUUUGCCAAUGAAAAGCUACAGCAGUUCUUUGUGGGACACAUUUUUAAGCUGGAGCAAAAGGAGUACCUGAAGGAGGACAUUGUCUGGAAAACAAUCAGCUUCAACGACAAUCAAAACAUUUUGGACCUACUCGCUGCAAAACCGUGUAACCUUCUGGCUUUGAUUGAUGAGGAGACCAGCUUUCCAAAGGGCACAGACGGGACUUUGCUAAUCAAGUUGAACAAGCAGCACAGUCACAGUAAACUCUAUAUCUCCACAAAAAGCGAGCAUGACACAGACUUUGGGGUCCGUCACUUCGCUGGUGUAGUCUAUUACAACUCUCAAGGAUUUCUGGAGAAGAAUAGAGACGCGAUCAGCUUUGACGUGAUCAAAAUGGUAGAAGCCUCCAAAAACCAGUUGCUUCACCAGAUUUUCCUAAAUGAGCUUUCUGCAAAUGCCGUCAACGGUGUCAAAGCGAGCAACAACCACAGGAUCCUCGUGAGUCUUCCAAAUCCACGACGAAGCCAGGCGGACAACCGCAAACAGGUGCAGACGCUGAGCGGUCAGUUUCGUCAGUCCCUGGACUCCCUCAUGAAGGCUCUGUCUGUCUGCCAGCCACAUUUCAUCCGCUGCUUCAAACCCAACAAUGAUAAGCAAUCUGAGUUUUUUGACAGAGAGCUUUGCGCGCGGCAGCUACGAUACUCUGGAAUGAUGGACACUAUUCGCAUCAGAAAACUGGGAUAUCCCAUCAGGCACUCCUUUGUGGAAUUCUUGAAACGAUACAGAGUGCUUCUGAAGUCAACUAUUUGCAACCCAAAGACUAAAACUGCUGCAGUCUGUUGUGAGGCCAUCUGCAGAGCUGUGAUCAAAGAGGACGAGUGGAAAAUAGGUAAAACAAAGGUCUUUCUAAAGGACUCCCAUGACGGGAUCUUGGAGCGGCUAAGGGAAGAGGAACUAAGCCGAGUCGCUGUGGUCAUCCAAAGAGUCAUGCUGGGAAUCAAAGACAGGAAGUUAUUUCUGAAAAAAAGAGCAGCUAUUUCAGUGUUACAGAAAAACUGGAGGAUUCACUUGAAGAAUAAAGCACAAAUGAAGACCCGGCUUGGUUUUGAACGUCUCAUAGUCGCAAUGAAAAGACAAAACAAACGACGAGAAGCAGCAGCCAUUGUUAUCCAAUCUCAAUUUCGGGGACACAUGGUGCGGAAAAACUGGAACCAAAGACAAAAGCCCAAAGAGCAGCGGGUCGAAGCCUUUGUACCGACAGAAAUGGGGCGAAAUGAGUAUGAAAUCACUCGGUCAAUCUCACGAGAGGAAGAAGAGGGAGUCCGCUUAAUAGACGAAGUCGUGGUGGGAGAAAGUAUGACUGAUGGAGAAUCUGACCUGGAGUCUGUGGACCGUGAUCCUCCAAUGGUCAGACAGGUCCUGGACAAACCAACGAUUAUUAUUUCUGUGGCGGAGUCAGAGCGCAGCAAGAGCCCAUCUGUUGCAGAAGAAGAAGAAGAUGAAUAUUAUGACGACAGCAGCGACCCUUUUUCUUUUACCAAGUUCUGUGACCUUCACUUCCAGGGCAAUGCCUCGCCCUCCCACAUCACGCACAGACUCAAGAAACCACUGCUGGUCCAUGAUGACGAAGGGGAUGCUCUGGCCUGUCUCACAGUGUGGUGGAUCAUUUUGCGGUUCAUGGGGGAUCAUCCAGAGUCUAGGUCUCAAGACUCUGCUUCUGUGGCGUCCAGCAUCCUUUCAAGUCCAGGACCUAACAGACAGGGAAGAAGGCUGAGUCACCUUGUCGGGAUAGAAGCGUUUUUAUUAAGAAAAAAAGACAAGAACCAGGGAGGGGGUGGAACAGCGAGAGCACCAUCAAUUAUCCCUGAGGAGCCUGCAGAUCUUCUGGUUGGAGAAGAUACACUGGCUCGACCAAUGACUCCUUUGGAAAAAGUGCACAUUAUUAUUGGAUACGCAUUAUCCAAACCAGGAAUAAGAGAUGAGAUCUAUUGUCAGAUUUGUAAACAGCUGGAGAAGAAUAAAAAGAAACACAGUUGUCAACAAGGCUGGAUCCUUAUGUCCAUCUGCCUCGGGAUCUUCCCUCCCACAGACUCCUUCAUGCAGUACCUGGAGAGUUUUAUUCGAAGAGGUCCAGACGGAUACAAAGAGUAUUGUUCUGAGCGCCUAAAGCGCCUUAAGAACAAUGGAGAGAGGAAAGAAGUUACUUGUUGGAUUGAAUUGGAGGCUGCCAAGAACAAAAAGCCGAUUGACACAUCAGUGCUGCUGAUGAAUGACCUGACGGUGAAAGUGAGUCUGGACUCUGCAUCCACUUCAGCUGAAGUCUGCCGGGCGGUGGCCAACCAGAUCGACCUGACCGACACCUAUGGAUUCUCUCUGUACAUAAGCUUUGAAGAGAAGACGUGGUCCCUGGGCAGCUGUGAGAGGCACGUUCUGGACGCAGUGUCUCAGUGUGAACAGGAGAUGAAGAGGCAGGGCCGAGAAGAGAGGAACACUCGCUGGACACUUUCCUUUCGCAAAGAGCUCUUCACACCUUGGCACGACUGCUCCCUUGACCCAGUGAGCACCAGCCUUAUCUAUGAACAGGUCAUCAGGGGGCUGAAGUCUGGAGAGUACACCAGUGAUAAGGAGGAUGACUAUGUGCAGUUGGCUGUUCAACACUAUUACAUUCAGUUUGGCUCCGAGUAUAAUACAGACAAUGCCAGAAAGGUGGUUGUUGACUGUAUAACCACCACUCUCAUCGAAAGCAAAUCUAUGACCAAAUGGAUACAACUCAUUGGUGCUGGACAACGCCAGGCUCUUGAUGACUAUGGGAUGAAGACUCCAGAUAUUAUAAAAGAAGAACUGGUGGACAUUGCCAGACAAAAGUGGCCAGUUUUUUUUUCAAAGUUUUACGAUGUUAUAAUGACUUCAGGACCUGCUCUCCCCAAAAGUCGGUUCAUUGCUGCUGUCAGCUGGACUGGCAUUAUAUUUAUUGAAGGAAGGGACAAGCACCUCCUCGAGCUUCCAUACAUAGAAGUGAGGGGUGCGUUAGAGAAAAGUGACGGCUACCUACAGACGUCGUCGGUCACAUUGGCUACUUUUCGCGGAGAGUUUGUGCUGAAUGUUGCAGAGGCAGAAGAAAUGACUUCACUCAUACACAGAAAUCUGGAAGGGCUCAGAGAACGCUCCGACUUCGCAAUUGUUCUCAUUGACAACAGUAAACCAGAAGACCCCAGUCAUCUUGUCUGUAGAAAAGGAGAUGUGUUGCUGAUUAGAAAGAAUGAACAUCCUCCUAAUGACGACACGUAUAUUGCCACUAACCAGAGGACCAGUAACACAGGCGUUGUUUACAAAAGCAUUCUUCAAUUUCUACCCACGCUCACCAAGCCCGAUCCUGAAUUCAUGAGGCUACUCAUGCCAGGCCAAAAUCCACAUGGAAAACCCAGUGUUCAUCAACAAAGUGUGGCUCCUGUGUCUUUAAAAGAAUUUUCUGUUGAACAUUUCAGGGUGUCCACUAAAGAAGGUGGGCGACAGGGCUUGCACAGAGGACCCAGAGAGAAACUUUGGGUGAGCUCCAGAGAGCCACUCAAACAACCUCUUCUCAGCAGUUUGGUUCGAAACUCUGAACUGAGCCCCCUGGCCUGCAAUGCUUUCACCGCUAUUCUGAAAUACAUGGGCGACUACCCCAUCAAACAGGUGCGCAGCCCCAUAGAACUGACGGACCAGAUCUUUGGUCCAGCCACACAGCACGAGGCUCUGCAGGACGAGAUCUACUGUCAGAUCAUGAAGCAGAUGACCUCCAACCUCAAUAGGCUGAGUAUGUCCCGUGGAUGGCAGCUGAUGUGGCUCUGCACAGGCCUUUUCGCACCCAGCCCCACUUUAAUGGUUCAUGCUAAAAUGUUCUUGGAGUCUCGUCCCAGAGAUCCCCUGUCUGCAGUGUGUCAGCAGAGGAUGCAAGCCAUGCUUGGUAAGGCACCUAGGAGACUUCCACCUCAUUUUGUUGAAGUAGAUGCCAUUCAACAAGACAGCAUCCAGAUAUUUCAUAAAAUCCACUUUCCAAAUGAGACUAGUGGCAUAUUUGAAGUCUCGUCAACGACCACAAUCAAGGAUUUGUGCCAAAGUAUUGCUUCACAGCUCAAGCUACUUUCAGCAGAUGGCUAUGGUCUUUAUUUGAAAACAACCAAUAAGCCGUUACAAAGUCUUGAAGACCAAAAGUAUGUUUUUGACAGCUUAAGAGAAGCUUCAGAGCCUCCCAAGAAAGUAAAAAAAAUAAGAGAUGGAACCUCCACAAAUCUGCCCUACCUGGUUAUUUUAAAACGAAAGCUGUGGUUCAAUGUGACUCCAGGAAAGGACAUAACUGCAGAUCUCACCUUUCACUUUCCUCAGGAGCUGCCAAAAUACCUGCAGGGAUUCCAUGACUGCAGCAAAGAGGACAUGGUGAAACUGGCCGGACUGCUCUUCAGAGUGCAGGUCGACUCGGACCGAUCACAGUUUGUCAUGAUUCCCAAAAUGCUGAAGGACCUGGUGCCUGCUGACCAGAUCAAAAUCAUGUCCCCAGAGGAAUGGAAGAAAAAUGUCAUCUCAUCAUACAACCAGCAGAGCGGCAGUACAGUUGAGGAAGCCAAAAUUGCCUUCUUGCAUGCAAUCUCAACCUGGCCUACAUUUGGCUCUUCUAUUUUUGUAAUCAAGCAAACUUGUGAAUCGAGCUACCCCACCAAUCUUUGGAUCGCCAUCAGCAAGCAGGGUGUUAGUCUGAUUGACCCAACAACAAAGGGGUUACUGGUGAUGUAUCCAUUUAACCGGAUUGCAGAGUGGCAGAGUAAAGGUGUCCACUUCCAGAUGACAAUAGGCACUCACUUGAGGCCUGUCACGUUUGUCUGUGAAUCCCCAAAGAGUGGAACAAUGGCCGAUUUGGAUGGACCAGAGAGCGGGAUCUCCGCGGGCAGUGUGUGCCGUGUGUGCGCUGGCUCCUCUCGGCGGAGAAGCGGCUUCAUGAGUGUCCAAAGUAACAGUGGAAGUGGAGGAAGUUUGGAGGCGACGCCAUCUUGGUCCUCGUCCCCAACCGUUUCUCAACAACAAAUAACGGCGCCCGUUAAAAGCAAGGAAGGUCAAAUGGAGGAGCUGCAAAGCCUGGACCCCCGGAGACAGGAGCUGCUGGAGGCCAGGUUCAUCGGAGCUGUCAGUGGCAACACCGUGGGCAGCACUGGGAGCACCAGUGGAGGUGCCAAGUGUUUGGCCAAUGAAUCAUCCAACCACAGUUACUGCAGUCUCGGUUCGUCCAGCGACAAAGAGUCAGAGAACUCUGAUUUAAAACGAGGAAGCUCCCCUGCAUACUCAACUCCAGAGAAAAAGCACUCUGAAUCGUCCAGGGGCAGAAAGAGGAAAGCUGAAACCUACUCAGAAAGUAGUCAAGGGAAGAGCUCAACGCGUGGACCAAAAAUCAGUGAUUACUUUGAUUUUCAGGCGGGAAAUGGAUCCAGUCCUGUCAGAGGUCUGCCGUCGACACGCCGCUCUCCUCAAAGCUCUCACUCAGCCCCGGGCUCAAUUAUUCGACAGAACAGCUCGUCUCCCACCAGUCUGUCUUUUGGAGAAAACAGUCUCAAGGCCUCAACUAGCAAAUUGAUCCAGACAGAGUUAACAGGAUUGAAACUUGCAGCCCUGGAGAGCAACAAGAGUCUGGACCUGGAGAAGAAAGAAGGACGAAUCGAUGACUUACUCAGGGCCAACUGUGACCUGCGGAGGCAGAUUGACGAGCAGCAGAAGCUUCUGGAGAAAUACAAAGAGCGUUUGAAUAAGUGCAUCACCAUGAGCAAGAAGCUGCUCAUAGAAAAGAGCACUCAGGAGAAGCAAUCGAGUCGAGAAAAGAGCAUGCAGGACCGUCUCCGUCUGGGGCACUUCACCACGGUGCGACAUGGGGCAUCCUACACAGAGCAGUGGACGGAUGGAUAUGCAUUCCAGAACCUGAUCAAGCAGCAGGAGAGCAUCAACCAGCAGCGGGAGGAUAUCGAGCGCCAGAGGAAACUACUGGCCAAAAGGAAACCACCAAACCCUGCCUCCCCCUCCAUGUCUGUGGCCUCCACCUCUGAGCCCAAACAGAGGAAAACCAAGGUCGUCAACGGCAACGACUCGGACCCCUUUCUCAAACCAUCACUGCCUCAGCUGCUUACACUUGCUGAAUAUCAUGAGCAGGAGGAGAUUUUUAAGCUCCGCCUUGGUCAUCUUAAAAAGGAGGAGGCUGAGAUCCAGGCUGAGUUGGAGCGACUGGAGAGAGUGAGAAAUCUCCACAUCAGAGAGCUGAAGAGGAUAAACAACGAGGACAGCUCUGCUUUCAAAGACCAUCCCACUUUAAACGAGAGGUACCUGCUGCUCCAUCUACUGGGCCGCGGAGGCUUCAGUGAGGUCUACAAGGCGUUUGACUUGUUUGAACAACGCUAUGCAGCUGUUAAAAUUCACCAACUCAACAAGAACUGGAGGGAGGAAAAGAAGGAAAACUACCACAAACAUGCGUGCAGGGAAUACCGGAUACACAAACAACUGGACCAUCCCAGAAUAGUCAAACUCUAUGACUACUUCUCCCUAGAUACUGACACGUUUUCCACAGUGUUGGAGUUCUGUGAAGGAAACGACUUGGACUUUUAUCUAAAACAGAAUAAACUCAUGUCAGAGAAGGAGGCACGCUCCAUCGUCAUGCAGAUCGCCAGUGCUCUCCGUUAUCUCAACGAGAUCAAACCGCCAAUCAUCCACUACGAUCUUAAACCCGGUAAUAUUUUAUUAGUAGAUGGCACUGCAUGUGGCGAAAUCAAGAUCACAGACUUUGGCCUGUCCAAAAUUAUGGAUGACGAUAACUACGGUGUAGACGGGAUGGACCUUACGUCACAGGGGGCCGGCACUUACUGGUACCUUCCUCCAGAGUGCUUUGUAGUGGGAAAAGAGCCGCCAAAGAUUUCAAAUAAAGUGGACGUGUGGUCUGUCGGCGUAAUCUUCUUCCAAUGUCUUUAUGGACGCAAGCCGUUUGGUCAUAACCAGUCUCAGCAGGACAUCCUCCAGGAGAACACCAUCCUCAAAGCCACAGAGGUGCAGUUUCCAGCGAAACCACAGGCGAGCACUGAAGCCAAGGCGUUUAUCCGGCGAUGUCUGGCCUACCGUAAAGAGGACCGGUUUGACGUUCACCAGUUGUGCUCUGACAGCUACCUGCUGCCUCAUAUGAGACGCUCAAACUCCUCUGGAGCUCUGCAGCCACCCUCCUCCUCCUCCUCCCUCUCUUUCUGA